AUGGCUUCCAGAUCAGAGGAGGAUCUCUGCUGUUCAGUCUGUCAGGAGGUCUUCAGAGAUCCUGUUCUUCUGUCAUGCAGCCACAGCUUCUGUAAAGACUGUCUGAAGAGAUGGUGGAGAGAGAGACCAAUACAUGAGUGUCCAUUUUGUAAGAAAAUAUCAGUGUAUGAUCCUCCUUUAAACCGAGCUUUAAAGAACCUGUGUGAGUCAUUCUUACAGGAGAGAGUUCGGAGAGCUUCAGAGGCUCUCUGCACUCUGCACUCUGAGAAACUCAAACUCUUCUGUCUGGACCAUCAGCAGCCAGUGUGUGUCGUCUGCAGAGACUCGGAAAAACACACCAACCACAGAUUCAGACCCAUUGAUGAAGCUGCACGACAACACAAGAAAGAACUUCAGGAAACUUUGGAGCCCUUAAAGAAGAAAUUAAAGGUUUGUGAAGAAGUUCAAGUGAAGUUUGAUCAAACAGCAGAACACAUUAAGGUUCAGGCCCGACACACAGAGAGGCAGAUUAAGGAGAAGUUUAAGAAGCUUCACCUGUUUCUAGCAGAGGAAGAGGAGGCCAGGCUGGAUGCACUGAGGGAGGAAGAGGAGCAGAAGAGUGGGGAGGAGCUGAGAGCUGAAGACAUCUCAUUCCUGUGCAGCUACAAGACUGCAGUGGAAAGAGUCCAGCGCUGCCCCCUGCUGGAUGAUCCACAGCUACCCUCAGGAGCUCUGAUAGACCAGGCCAAACACCUGGGCAACCUGACCUUCAACAUCUGGAUCAACAUGAAGGACGUGGUCUCCUACACUCCUAUCAUUCUGGACCCAAACACUGCUCAUCCAGAACUCAUCCUGUCUGAAGAUGUGACCAGUGUGAGACGAGAAGGAGAGAGGCAGCAGCUUCCCGAUAAUCCAGAGAGGUUUGAUUACUCCUGCUCUGUCCUUGGCUCGGAGGGCUUUAACUCAGGGACUCACAGCUGGGAUGUUGAGGUUGGAGAGAGUACAGGGUGGAUACUGGGUGUGUCAGAAGAGUCUGUGGAGAGGAAGGGAGACAUAGACUCUGGAUUAUGGAUAAUUUGGUUCUAUCGAGGUGAAUACUCAGCAUCGUCUCCAUCAGCAGAGACGGUUCUCUCAGUAGAAAAGAAGCCCCAGAGGAUCAGAGUGAAUCUGGACUGGAGCAGAGGAAAGCUGUCGUUCUCUGAUCCUGAUACUAGCACACACAUACACACCUUCACACACACUUUCAGUCAAAGGAUUUUUCCAUAUUUUGAAACUGUGGCUGGUAAAGUGAAGGUGGGUCCGAUGAAGGUGUCAGUGGAGCAGAUGAGUUGA